GCGGCCUUGGCACCCCGCCGCCUGGCUCCGCUCCUCCCGGCUCUCCUCUCCGCCUCGCUCUCCUCCCGCAGGUCCCGGAGCUCCUGCACCGCUGGGUGCGGCGCGGUAGGCGCGAUGCGGCAGCUGUGCCGGGGCCGCGUGCUGGGCAUCUCGGUGGCCAUCGCGCACGGGGUCUUCUCGGGCUCCCUCAACAUCCUGCUCAAGUUCCUCAUCAGCCGCUACCAGUUCUCCUUCCUGACCCUGGUGCAGUGCCUGACCAGUUCUACGGCGGCGCUGAGCCUGGAACUGCUGCGGCGCCUCGGGCUCAUCGCCGUGCCCCCCUUCGGCCUGAGCCUGGCGCGCUCCUUCGCGGGGGUCGCCGUGCUCUCCACGUUGCAGUCCAGCCUCACGCUCUGGUCCCUGCGCGGCCUCAGCCUGCCCAUGUACGUGGUCUUCAAGCGCUGCCUGCCCCUGGUCACCAUGCUCAUCGGCGUCCUGGUGCUCAAGAACGGCGCGCCCUCGCCGGGGGUGCUCGCGGCUGUGCUCAUCACCACCUGCGGCGCCGCCCUGGCAGGAGCCGGAGACCUGACCGGCGACCCCAUCGGGUACGUAACGGGCGUGCUGGCGGUGCUGGUGCACGCCGCCUACCUGGUGCUCAUCCAGAAGGCGAGCGCCGACACCGAGCACGGGCCGCUCACCGCGCAGUACGUCAUCGCCGUCUCUGCCACCCCGUUGCUGGUCGUCUGCUCCUUCGCCAGCACCGACUCCAUCCACGCCUGGUCCUUCCCGGGCUGGAAAGACCCGGCUAUGGUCUGCAUCUUCGUGGCCUGCAUCCUGAUCGGCUGCGCCAUGAACUUCACCACGCUGCACUGCACCUACAUCAACUCGGCGGUGACCACCAGCUUUGUGGGCGUGGUGAAGAGCAUCGCCACCAUCACGGUGGGCAUGGUGGCCUUCAGCGACGUGGCGCCCACCUCCCUAUUCAUUGCCGGUGUCGUAGUAAACACCCUGGGCUCCAUCAUUUACUGUGUGGCCAAAUUCUUGGAGACCAGAAAGCAAAGCAACUACGAGGACCUGGACAUGCAGCCCAGGGGAGAGGAGGCGCAGCCAAGUGGAGAUCAGCUGCCGUUCGUCAUGGAGGAGCUGCCUGCAGAGGGUGGAAAUGGUGGGUCAGAAGGUGGGAAGGCGGCAGGUGACUCCACUCAGCAGAGCGGGCAAGAGGUGAGGGGUGGCCCCGGAAGAGCCCCACUGGUGGCCAGGAGCUCACAGAUCUCAGACAGCCCUGGAGAAGUGAGCAAGAGGUCAUUAAAGGAGACUUACCUCGAAGUGUGGAGAUUAGUUAGGGGAACCAAAUACAUGAAGAAGGAUUACUUGAUAGAAAAUGAGGAGUUACCCAGUCCUUGAAGAGGAGAUGCCUGUAUGUAUAUAUGUACAUACACGUAUUUUAUACGUUAGAGAUAACAUAUUUUGAUGAGGGUCCGCCCAAUUUUAUUCUGUGAGGAGUGGGGACGGGAAGCAAAGAAAUGGAUGGAAGCCAACAACACUAGCACAUCUGUGAAUUAUUUAGCAUGAGUUUACCUGAGGCAUCACAGAAACAAAAGAAUGUGAAGGUGCUUGACAAAGAAAGGCAGCAGUUUCAGCUGCGGAUUCCUGGCACGUAACUUUUUUGUCAUUCCAACCAUAACCAAAUGUCUGCAUGUACCAAAGUUCCUCAAACUGCACCCCCUUCCCCCAAGAUGGAGUGUAGAAAGGAUGACAGCACUUAACUCAAAGAUUACACACAGGGGCACAUUUUUGAUGAUUGUUAGAAUUACGAUUUUUAUGACCAGCUGUGCAAAGAAUACUUUAUUGAAAUGACAUAUAUAAACACACUAAAUUGAUGUUUACUGUUUCUUGUCAUCUGAAAUACCAAAUUUAACCUUUCUUUACUUAUGCUUUUUUAAAGUAAGUGCUCUAUUCUAUUAUGUAUUGGUAGAAAAUGUUAAACAUAUUCUGAAAAUAUGAGUUCUUAACUUUAAACAUGAAGUUUAAAGUUGGCUUGUGGUAUUUAUAAAAUAUUUUUAAGGUGGCUUUCUUUAUUGCUUUAUGAUAUUCAUUACUGAACGCCAGAACUUUUUUAAAAACCAGGUUCACUGUGUCCAAUAUUCUUCCAAGCAAACGCAAUGGCUGAAAUAUAAUUCAGUAUUAACUGAAGCCCAAACCAAAGUGAGACCAUCCUAUUAAGUUGUACCGCAUGUCCCAAACCAUGUUACAAAAGGAGCAAUGGCUAUAUUCACUUAUGAUAUUUUUCUAUCUUAAAUUUGUCAA